AUGUUUGGAGACAUUAGUGAAGCAUCAGUUCCCCACUGUGCCAUGCCUAAUCUGUUGACAUUUGAGGAUGUGGCCAUCAUUUUCUCUAAGGAGGAAUGGGAAUGCUUGAAUACGUCUGAGAGGUAUUUGUACAGAGGUGUUAUGUUGGAGAAUUACAGCAACCUGGUUUCUGUAGGACUUUCUGUAUCAAAACCAGAAUUAGUCACCUGUCUUGAACAAUACAAAGAACCCUGGAUGGUGAAUAUAGAGGACUCAGAAGUCCUGGAACCAGGCAAACUGUGA